AACACAUUAUAUGGAUAAGUCAGAGUCUCAUGCUGAUGGUGAACCACGCGGGGAACUGUCGAAAAAAGAAGGCCACUUUUCUUUAUCUCUCAUUGUGCCCUUUCAAAAGCGGAAACCGCCUUCUGUAAUGUCACAUUCAACGGCGUCAUCCACUGCCGAGCCCGUGCCUCGCUCACCUUCCGGCCGAUCGACCAUGUCAUUCGAGCAAAUAUCCGACUAUGCGCGUCAUGCAUCGUCUUCCAGUCUUCAUCUACUUAAUGCUGGAGCCGCCAUGUUCAACCCAGUCUCCAUUGCAAACAGUAUCCAUUCUCUCGAUGAAGAGGAACGAUCCUCUCGAUUGCAGGAACGAGUGAGACGAGUCAGCACAGGCAUGGUGCGAACGCUCAAGUUAUCACUCAAUGACAGUUCAGUGGGUCUGCAUCGGGUCAUGGAGCAUAUCCAUCGUAAAGUGCCUCAAAUGAUGGACAACCGUGCACAGCUGCGUCAACUCGGCCAAACUGUCCAAACCUCCAAUGCCGACAUUGAAGACGCUCGCAAAAUUGUCAAUGAAUUAGACCAAAUGCAAGCCUUUGUUGAAAUGGCCAACAUGAUACACAAAUCGCUCGACAUUGUCAAGAAUACCAAAAAAUCGUGAUCUCCUUUCGUGUAGGCACAUAAUCCGUCCUUGCUCAUCGAACCAGACGAGUUUCAGCUUCCAUACAACCUUGUUCACCUUUCUACAAAUACCCGCGAAGACGAAGCUAAAUUUCAAAAGUGCUUCCACGACUUGUAUACUAUAUAAACCUAGAAAUCAUGCCUUCCCGAACCGCAGCAUCCGCUAUAUUCAAGAUUCAGGAUAUUGGAUAGUAUAGUAAUAAAGAUGUAAGUUUAUGAUUAGAAUACAGGAAAAAAAGAAUAUAUUCGGUCCAUCAU